AUGGGGGGAAAUGCUCUCCUUAAAUCUGGCAUCUAUUUUAACAAAACGCGAUUGAAAAAUGGCACAAUUUUCUUCAAGUACAUCGCAGAAGAAAUUGUUGAAGAGUUAGAUCUUAAGAUUGUUGAAGAUGAUGAAAUGAAGGAAGAAGUUGAGGACGAAUUCGAAGAAGACGACGAAGGAGAAGGCGAAGAAGGAGUUGAGGACGAAGGCGCAGGGAUGGAGGGAUUUACUAAAUCUACUGAACAAACUAAAACCAGCUACAAUGAGUGGGUGGCACCCCAUGGUACCCUGCCUUUUGAGCAACUAAUACGGAUAUUAAUUUUUCGCGGGGGACUGGAAGCCUUGGUCUAA